UUCUCGGUAAGACAGCAUAAUUUCGUACUCACAUACAUCGACAGGAGGGAGAGAAACUGUGAUGGCGGAGAAGCCGCAGUCGGUGCGUGUCCUCUACUGCGGCGUCUGCGGCCUUCCCGCGGAGUACUGCGAGUUCGGGCCGGACUUGGAAAAGUGCAAACCCUGGCUCCGCUGCCACGCCCCCGACCUCUACCCCGAUCUCCUGAAAGAGGAGAACAGGACGGAUGCGGAUGAAGCCACCCAGAAACUGCAGUCGGUGGCGGUAUCGGGUUCUGGCGACGGUCGCGGCGAUGCAUCCGCUGCUGCUUCAGGGAGUGCUUCAGCACCUAAGCAAGAAGAAGUAAAACGCCUUCCUGGUGGUAAGAUAAAGAAGAAGGAGAAGCAAGAAGUUGUUAUUGAAAAGAUUGUUCGCAAUAAGCGCAAAUGUGUUACUGUUGUGAAAGGUCUAGACCUAUUUGGCAUAAAACUGAGUGAUGCAUCAAAGAAGCUCGGAAAAAAGUUUGCUACAGGAGCUUCUGUUGUUAAGGGGCCAACUGAGAAAGAACAAAUUGAUGUGCAAGGGGACAUAGCAUAUGAUAUUGUGGAGUUCAUCACAGACACUUGGCCAGAUGUGCCAGCAACUGCAAUAUUCUUCAUAGAAGAGGGAAGAAAGGUUGCGGCUGCAUAAAAUGCUGUAGUUUCAGGGAACAAAGAUUCUUGGGAAAUUACUGAUGACAUCAUGAUAGUUUGACCUGUGUUAUACUUGCUAAACAACUUGCCUGUUGGAGCAAAUUAUUGGACAUUUGUCCUAUCACCUGCAGUAACAGUAUGGAUUUCGGUUCUUUCUUCGACACCUUUCAAGCAAAGGUGCUUUUGUUCUUGGGCCCCAAUUUUGACACACAGGAAUGCUUGGUCUCUAUAUAUCGUAGAUGGCAUCUUGUUGUGCUCCUAUGGAUGUGGCUUACCUGCUGCUGCAACUUCUUAGUUGUAUAUGACUUGUGAGUUGAGUGGGAGCGUACUCUUCUAGCUUUGUGGAAAGGUCUGCUUACAUUCGAACAAAGUGAUGAGUGCAAUGGCUUUUUGCUACCUUAUUCUUCUUGGUUGAAAGCAGGCCAUUCAAUUUCGUAUA